GCGCGAUAUUGAGGGGAGGGGGUUGGGCGCCCGCUCAGGAAGAGCGCGGGUGAUUGGGCGGCGGGCGCUCGGGGUGGGCGGGGCCAGGCGGCAGCGACCUGAGGAGGCGACAAGAUGGCGGCGGAGACCGUGGAGCUCCACAAGCUGAAGCUUGCUGAACUGAAACAAGAAUGUCUCGCCCGUGGCCUGGAGGUGAAAGGAAACAAACAGGAUCUCAUAAACAGACUCCAGGCCUACCUUGAUGAACAUGCUGAAGAAGAAGCAAAUGAAGAAGAUGUUUUGGGAGAAGAAACAGAGGAAGAAGAACAGAAACCGGUAGAGCCUCCUGCUAAAGAGGAAGAACCUCCUGAAAAAUCAGCUGAUGUGGGUGCAGAAAAGAAAGUGGUGAAAAUAACAUCAGAAAUACCACAGAUGGAGCGAAUGCAGAAACGGGCUGAGAGAUUCAACGUCCCCGUGAGCUUGGAGAGUAAGAAGGCGGCGCGAGCAGCUCGGUUUGGUAUGUCCACAGCUUCAACUAAAGGUCUGUCUGCAGACAGCAAGCCUACGGUAAACAUGGAUAAAUUAAAGGAAAGGGCUCAAAGAUUUGGUUUGAAUGUCUCUUCAGUCUCCAAGAAGAGCGAAGAUGAUGAGAAGCUGAAGAAGAGGAAGGAGCGAUUUGGCAUUGUAACAAGUUCAGCUGGGGCUGGAGCCACAGAGGACACAGAGGCAAAGAAGAGGAAAAGAGCAGAACGCUUUGGGAUUGUCUGAUGUCUGGCCAUUUUAGGCUUUACCUGUUGGGUGGGGAGCACGCUCACGUGUGUGCGCUCGCUCUCUCUCUCCCCCCCCCUUUCCUUCCCCCGCCACACACACAGUAGCACUAGUAAGGAGCGUAGGCUCUUCCCCACACAGGACCUAAUAGAGAAUCCCUGAUAGCUGUCCAGUUGUGCUGCUUAUUUUUUCAAUUGUGAAGUUUUAAAAAAAAAAUAUACAGAGCAAAGAGCAAAAAUGUUCUUCUUGUAUCUGUGGUGGGUAGAAAUCCCAGUGCCCAGUACUCCAUUCCCCUGCCACUUGUGUAGUUGUUUACAGCUUUGCAAAGCAGGUGUGUAAUGCCAGCACAUCAAAACUGGAAGUGUUUUACACCCAUUGUGCACUGGUGUCCAUGCCCACACAAGGGGCAGGUAUGAACCUAGGUAGUGGGGAAGGAGAACUGGCAUGGCCAAGCAUCUAUCAGCUGUAGGAUGAGGAAAGGAUAAUGCCAUUCAGGGAUGAAGUUGGCUCUCCCUGCUAUGUCUUGGGGAGUUGCACCCUUGGGUUGAGAGGCAGGUUAUGCCACUUAAAGCAGGAACUACCUGGAGCCCCCCUUUUAUUUAAAUGUUGCUGUUUUUUAUUGUCUCCAUUUCUCUGGGCUGCCUUGGGCAAAGAAACCCUCCUCUCCCUCCUUCAGCCCGAGGAAAUCGCUCUUUAAGUUCAGCAGUGUCAGGGCAUGCACACCAUAGCCUGGCUACUAACAUUCGUCAGCUCAAGUGCACCACGCAUCCCUACUUCGGUUCUGCUGUGGAUCAUCGGCUUCUACGCGGGUUGCCCCUCCCAGCUUGUGACAUCAUGUUUGCUGCCUAGCUGUCCAGGGCAGGGCCUUUCUAGUGUAUUGCACGGGGCUGCCAAAGCCCAUAGUAGUAAUUCUUGUAUCAGAUAGGCUUUAAACUUCGUGAACCACCCCGUAUGUGAAAGGGUCUUUCUCAGCUACCUCUGCUCCCAGGGCUGGACUAGUGGGGAAUGGGUUGGAGCAGCAGCUGGCGAUUGGCAGAAGCUCAAGGCCAAAGCCUUGGAAUAAGGAGAGGGGAAUACCAGAACAUUUACAAAUGAAACCCACUUCACCUGCCUCUAAGGGCUGUUCUGGGGCUUGUGGCAUUGAGUAUAAAUGUUCAGAUCUCCUUGAAGGUUAUUCCCAGGUUGAAUUUUGUGUUGUCCUCAUCUAACAUCCAGGCUAGCUCAGUCAGGCUUGUUAACACCUCACACACUCUUAAACCAGCCUUCCUUGCCUCACCUCUUGCAAAGGGGAACAGCAGUAACCUUGUCCAGGGAAUACGUGGUUUGAACAGGUGUUGCAGUGAACCUGUUCUGCAUCUGAACUGAAGCGAAUUUCCCUCCUGCAUGUUAACUUCUCCAUUUUCCUCUGCAACAUCAUGCGUGGUACAGCAGCGAGACGCAGCACGGCUGCAACUUGUUAUGCACCUUUUGUCUAGUUAGCCUAUCAAACGGCACCUUCUCUUUUCAGGAAGCUGUAGGACUCCGUUCUCCAUGUUAAGUUGUGUGGAUGGAGCAAGAGUGUUAGCUAAUACCAGAGAGCUGUUGUCCCAUGCUUUGCUCUAGGCCUCUGAGGCCAGUAGCUGUUAGCAGUGAUUCAGUAGAGAGGGAAGACGUAUGGUGCCUUUCUUCAUCUCCUUAAUAGGUUUUUACACACAGGUAUUCCUUGUGCGUCUAACAUCUUAUGUAACUUUUUUUACCCUUAAACUUAUAUCAAGAUCCCCAGAAAAAUAGAACAGCUGGGCAGAUUUCCCCUUGAUUGAUCUUUGCUUUUAAAUGUUCAUUUUGGUUGAAAUGUGCCUGUGCUUCAGAGAUUUGCAUCCUGGGAUUGUUGCUUCUGACCAUACUCUCUAUUGGAAAGAGGUUUGCACUGGUCACACACAGUUCCUUCAGAUGCUGGAGAACAGCAGCUGUAUGUGUACAGUAGGCUGGGCAAAGGGGCCAGCCUGACUCUUGAAAAGCAAUAUAUUUUUCUUUAAAUGUAGAGGUCUUCAAAUUGCUUGUGCUCUGCACCACCACCACUGCAGGCUGAUGUCUCAGCUGUCGGCCCCAGGUGAUUCUAAGCAAUAUCUGAGACUGGUUUGCUUGCCCAGCAACUAUAGGAUCCAGGUUGCAUUGUGUGUGUCUUGGGGUGUCAAUGGUAGAAUGAACCGAAGCCCCCUGUCUCCUUCCAGACUUAAUGGAAUAACCUUAUUCUGUUUGGGGUCUUUUUUGUAUGUCAGAUUUUGUAAUAUGUAUUUUCUAUUCCGCUCAUGACUUUGCUGGUUAUUUGCUUGAAAUGUUUUGAAGUGUGCCAGGACAAACACUGCAUUUCACUCUUGGUUUCAUAAUAAAACUGCUUCUUCAAGGCAA